AUGUAUCGUUUGUAUCCGAACGACAUUGAGUACAAGAGGUUGGCGCAGCUCUUCAACGAUAACUGGCAACACGAUGACAAAAAGGCGACUAUCAACGGGAUCUUCAAGUGCAGGCCUGAAGAACUCGGAAAAUCCAAACAGAUGCAUGAUUUCACAAAGUAUUUGAAAAUAACUGGUACAACUGUCGAGGCGGCAAAAUGGCAUUUCCACUGCACCUCGCGAAAGUGUAACUUUGACGAGAGUGUGGACGACGAUCGCCUGCUACAAUGUGAUGACGCAGACACAUGCGCGUUUUGUAGCAUCCUUCGUGAAUCCCUCAGUAUGACAUACGCUAGUCAGGGAGGGUGGUUCGGGGCCGGUAUUUACUCGUCUAACAUAGCCUCAAAAGCGGACAAGUUUUCCCACGACCCUGAAGGAAAGUACCAUACCGGCCUCCACGCUGUUAUCGUCUGCAGGGUCAUCGUUGGAAGGGUGCAGUGGACGAAAAAGAAGCUGGUCGGUGUGUCAGGGCCGAAACCAGGCUUCCACAGUAUCCAAGCAGUUACGAAGAAACGCGGCGGGCCAGUCUACUUCCCAGAAACAGUCGUCUUUCGUGACGAGGCCAUUCUGCCUGUGGCCGUCAUUACCUACAACAAGACGCAGUGGAACCUACGAACCGGGCGAGUGAUGUACUAG